AUAUACACAUUGGCACUCACAUACAACCACCCGCAGCUAGUUGAGGCUGGCAACCGUGCAACACCGGUCCGUUAACUGUGAAACAGCUGUAUAUGACGGCGCGGCACUGCAUUGGAUGCUCUGAUUUAAAACGGUUUAUACAUUUAGCUACAUACAUGUUACACCUGGAUACGGUUGACCAGAGGACGACUGAUGGAGACAACAACAGUAGGAACGAGUCAGUUCGUUAACGUUAGCUAGGUAGUAUAUUAGCUUGCCAACGUUACGGUUAGUUGCUACGUCUCCCACUGCCCAGCUGUUCUCGCAGCUAACGUUACUUAGCGGUAGUAACCAUAUUAAAUUACUUGCACAUCAUACUAUCUACAGUAGCUAGAUAUUGUUAGUUAGCUACCUGCUGUAUCACAGAGUAUCUCAACCUUUGCCUGAAUCGUGCUGCUUAAAUGGAUGCACUUUUAAUAGCUACCUAGCUAAAUGCAUUGCUGCUAAUUGAUUGGAUAGAGGCUAUUUUUGCAUGAACGAUUCAAAAUCUAACGUUACAGCGUUAACAACUAACGACGUUAGGCGAACUAGCUAGCUUGCUAGUUACUAAAUGCAUUAUUGAUGUGAUGAGUCCAGACAUUACCCUUCGCUGGCUAGCUAUGGACGUAGCUAUUUUCACAACGUUAAAUCACCAACAUAACAUCGUGCACACUGAAUGUAACACUAGCUCAUCGUUAAGUUAUGUAAUAGUGCAACGAGCAAUGCCCUGCUUGUGUCACUGCAAAGACUCGCGUGUGUCCUGUUACAAAUUACUGCACUGAUUGUCGUUUUUCUCAAUACCCCUUCAUUUUUGUCAAAAACGAUUUGUCUAAUUUUAAGACAUAUAGGCAACUGCUGUCAAGUGGACUCGGACUUGACACAAGCCGGACUGUUCUUUAAGGGGUGAGAGGCAGGUGUCAUGACUGGGGCAGAGGAUGACAUCCCAUUGGGUGAAAGGAAGACAGUCACAGACUUCUGCUACCUACUGGACAAAUCCAAACAACUCUUCAAUGGCCUACGAGAUCUUCCUCAGUACAGGCACAAGCAGUGGCAGUCCUACUUCGGGCGCACCUUUGACGUCUACACCAAGCUGUGGAAGUUUCAGCAGCAGCACAGGCAGGUCCUGGAAAAUCGGCAUGGCCUGAAGAGAUGGCAGAUAGGGGAGGUGGCAUCCAAAAUAGGCCAGCUCUACUAUCACUACUACCUUCGUACCUCAGAAACAAGUUACCUGAAUGAAGCGUUCUCGUUCUACUCGGCCAUACGCCAACGGUCCUACUACUAUCAGGUCAACAAAGAGGAUAGGCCUGAGUUGGUAGUGAAGAAGCUCCGGUAUUAUGCCCGCUACAUAGUAGUCUGUUUACUUCUGAACAAGAUGGACCUAGUGAAGGUGCUGGUCAAGGAGCUGUCAGAGGAAAUUGAGGAAUAUACGCAGCGAUUCAACACAGAAGAUCAAUUAGAAUGGAAUCUGGUCUUACAGGAAGUGGCAGCUUUUUUGGAGGCAGACCCAGUUGUGGUGCUGAACAAUGAAAAUACUGUGGUCGUCAUAUCCAAUCGGCUACAGGAGGGGGGCAUGUCUCCGUUGGAACAGGGCAUGGUGGUUGGUCAGCUCACCCUGGCAGAUGCACUAAUCAUUGGCAACUGCAACAACCAGGUGAAGUUCAGUGAGCUAACCAUCGAUAUGUUCCGCAUUCUCCAAGCUUUGGAGCGGGAACCAGUCAACCUGGCUACAACGACAUCUAAACAUGGAACAUUGGCCCUUACCCGAUGUCUUCCUUCACAGGAACCCAGCGAGAAGCCAGCCAAGAGAGAGAACCCACACAAGUACCUGCUGUACAAGCCAACGUUCAGCCAGCUCUUCACCUUUUUGUCUGCCUCCUUUAAGGAGUUGCCAGUGAACAGUGUGCUGCUCGUCUAUCUUUCAGCUACUGGAGUCUUCCCUACUGGAUGCUUGGAUUAUGAGGGACCAUAUGACUUUGGAGGAGUCCUCACCAACACGAACCGUGAUGUGGUAAACGGGGAGACGGGGCAGAAAAGGAACCAAGCCCAAAAAGAGAUGCACUGCCUUCACCCUGGGGACUUGUUCCCUUUCACUCGGAAGCCUCUCUUUGUCAUUGUGGACUCCUCCAACAGCACAGCCUAUAAGAAUUUCACCAAUCUCUUUGGUCAGCCGCUGGUGUGUCUUCUAUCUCCCACAGUCUAUCCACAGAGCAUGCAAGACCAGUCCCAGCGCGGCAGCCUCUUCACACUCUUCCUGUACUGCCCCCUUCUGGCUUUCCUGUCCGUGUGUGGCCUGAGCAGCCUUCGCCAAGGAUUGUGGGAGAAGGCUGAGCAGUUUCUAUGCAAGGUGUUCCGUGACAUUGGCCAGAUGAUUACACACUCACGAGCUAUAGACCAAGCAUUUCUACAGUUCUACGGUGACGAGUUCCUUCGAUUGUUACUGAUCCGCUUUGUGUUCUGCUCGGCUACACUGAGAAUGCACAAGCUCUUCCAGGAGUCCAGGAGCUUCCCAGAAUCGUACCCUCAGCUCCCUAAACAGGACACGGUGGAGAGCAGCUUCCUGCGGAAGCACGUUCUGGAGCUGGCUGCCAUGUUGGAUGUGCAGCGCCUCUUUUGGGACGGAGCGCUGGACGUGAACUACUGACUUUUAGCUGACCAGCUAGUCACCACAACUUUACAAACACAGACCAACUACAGACACACAGACCACCACUAUACACACUCUCACAGGGGAGAGUCCUCAUCAUCUUUCAGAGGUAAUCAAGUCACUUGUUGAACACACUGCUAUAGUGUCUGUUUCUUUGGAACCCAAGACCCCCUUAUUUCCCCCACCUUAUGUAAAACUAUUUUUUUGCAUAUCAGCUAUAUUUAUUUUGAAUAGUCAUACAGCUACUUGUGGAAGUCAACAGUGCACCAUGCACAAUAAAAAACAUUAACAAGUCACCCAUCUACUUAAAUACACAUGAGAUGAGCAUGUAUGUCCGUGUUACUCAUAAAAACAAACUCAACUCAAAGGAGCACGUGGUGUAGCUAUUUUAGUCUGAGGGCAGCAGGAGGACACAUGAAGAUAUCAAGGGAUUUUAAACUUAAAAAGAUGGAAAAUAGAUUAACGUAGUUUUACGACCGCACUGCCUGCAAUUGGUUCACUGCAAAUUGACUUCAAUGCUGUAGGGAAGUCUCCUCUUCUAUGUGUCCUUUCUGUAAAACUGAGGCCUGGAGGGGUCAACUAACAGAUGUCUAUGCAGACCCCAAUGAACAGUUUAGCCCUUUCUAGAAACCGCCCCUACUACGUAGGCACUAGCUCCUACUCUCUAGGUACUAACAUAGGGUGGUGGGGCAGUCAGCGGCUCUGGGUCUGCAAACAUGUCAGCUCCUGUAGUGCAGUGACUGGGCAAGCGGGUGGUCACUAAUCUAUUUUCACUGUCUGUUACUCCUUGUAUCAUAGGACAUUUUCAGACUGGGUUUAACAUGGGUAUAGGCUUAAGCACCCCGCAGGUACACAGAUACCCACCCUCACACAGGCUAAAAAGAAAAACCUUGCCCAAUCAUCUGCUUUUUCAAAGAAUUCACUUGAGGAACCAGGGUGGCUCUUUUCAAAGAUUUUCCUUUGGCCUUGAUUGGAUUUCAUAAUAUGUUGGCAGCAUAUCUUGUGAGACUCUUGCAUUGUAGGGUUGGAAGCGGCCUCUUUCCCUUUGAUGUAGCCUAUAUGUUUUGGGAAAUGCAUCUCAAUAGUCAUACGUAUUCUUUCCUUUACCUGCACUCUCCUGACCAGUUCUUUCAGACCAGUGGGAAUUAAGUAAUAUUCUAUUGAGAUUCACCGCUCCUGAUUCAAAAUCUGUUGGCUUCUGGGAAAUGUACGACUUACAGAGGCCCUGUGUCAUUCUUCAUUCCUAAGCCCCCAUAAUGAUGUGUUUAAGUGGAUUUCUGAAGCAUGAUGGUUUACUGGAGAGAGUACAUGCUGCUUUUUUCCCCCCUCUUUCUUUGCAUGGCUUCUCAGUAUUAUUGUCCAUAGAGUUUACUCAGUCGAGUUCAUGUUAGCCUGAUAGCAGAUGAGUUCCAGCAUUAGCUGUGCAGUCUGUGCCCUGCAUGGCAUCAAGCAUAGUCUUGUUUCCUUAUAUUGAUGGGGGCUUGAAGAAAUGGAAACGGCUAGUGCUGAAACAGACCCCCAGGCUAUCAGUUUUAAGUACAUGUGUGUGUGAUGAUGAACAAAGAUGGCCAAACACAUUCUGUUUUCGUAUUUACUGAGAUUUUUAUUUAUUUAUGUGUAUAUUUAUGUAUAAUUGAAAAUAACAGUAUGUAAUAGAGAGAUGUUUGUCUUUUCUACAUAUGUCAUAUAGUUUAUUGUAUUAACUGUGAAAAAGAUAUCCUGUUAGCAUAGCAAUUUAAUGAAUGAACUACACAUUCUCUAAUCCGGGUUGUUUUGGUCAAGUUCAGCCAGCAUACAUUCCAAGGACAUGGGGAGAGCCAGGGGAAAACUGACAUUUCUUCCCAUUGUAGCAUUGACUGCAAAAGUGGAUCAUUUCAACAUGGGAAAUACUACUCCCCGUGGCAGUUAUAUUUUUGUUUAUUUGUUGACAUUUAUGAUGAUAUCAAUUGUAUCCUUGCACUUUACUGUAUUGAAUGAUGAUCUAAUCUCAUUUGCCGUGCUGUCGGUUAAAAAGACAUGCCAGACCAUCCAUUCCAUUGUUCCCUAUGCCAGGGGUUCCCAAACUUUUUUGGUCCGGGACUACUUGUGAUAGCAAAUUCAUCAGGGACCCCUUCAAAAUCAGAACAUGACUCUGACUUUAGACUGCGUUUAAAAAUGGCAUACAAGGAGUUUUACUAUGACUUCUGCAGCAGAUGGCUAACCAAGUCUCGGGCCCUGGGAAAUUACAUUUGAGUCCACAUUUUGACCUUUUAAAUCUUAAUGACAGUGCAUACGUAUUUUUUUUUUUAAAGAAUAGAGUUGAAAACUAGAUCAUUAAUGGAGUACUGUGGAUCCCUGUGAGCUUCCCAGGCCCUGUUGUGCAUUUAAGGACUAGAUUCAAUCCGUAUUGCAGAAGAUUCAUAAUAAAAAUGGUGCCGACAGAGA